AUGGCGGACUACAGCAAGACGCAUUCCAUAGAGCCGAGAGUUCUUACACCAGAACAACAAGUUGCUCUCGACGCUCUUGAUCAAUCGAGUGGCAGAGGAAAACGAGUAUCUGUCAAGAAGGAAACAACUGAGGCUAAAACUUCUAAGCCUUCAAAGAGCAAGAAAAGAAAGACCGAAACCGAAAUCUCUUCAAAGCCAAAGAAGAUCAAGCGCAUGGCUCGAAAACCAAAGGGUCCAACUCCUUCACCAUCUGACAACGAGGAUGAUCAGGACGCCAACUCUCCACAUGAGUCUCCUAGAGGUAAUACUCCACCUCGUUCUCCUUCUCCAAUUCCAGAAGACAAGAUUCCAACACCACCUCCAUCACCAAAACAAUCCCCUCCUAAAACAGAAACACUUAAAAUUCCAACUCCACCCCCUUCACCAAAACAAACACAACCAGAACAGCCAACUCCCACACCGACCCUUGAGAUACCAGUUUCAGUUGUUUCAACUUCCAUAACCGAAACCUCUUUACCACCUCCACCCGUAUCUUCGGUUUCUAUUUCCACCACACCUUUAACUACUCCCAUCAUUACCCCAAUCACCAUCACUACUACCAUCCCUGAUGAAACAGCACGGGUCAACGUAUCUCAUACGGGGGCACCUACUGUAUCUGAAACUCCUGUCAUUCCUAUACCUCCCUCACCAACCAAAGCAACCGAUUCCGGUGUGACUCUCGGUGGUGACAAUGAUGAGUAUGAUUCCACAUACUUUAGUCCCGAUCGUUUGCAAUCGGAUGAGGAUACUGAAGCUCCAAUCAACCGACAACACUUGGACAGUAUUCACGAAAAGCUGGACAAGUUGCUUGCUGAUACAAAAGCUUAUGGCGGGGUUGUUCUAAAAGCCUUUGUGGAAACCGCCAUGGAGCAAUAUACCAAAGCAAUGGAUAAAUCAACUGAAGCUAUUAACAAAUCAACUUCUCUUUGCAAGAAAGCUACUACUGAUAUUGCUGAGGUUGUUCACACAACUCAGCUUUUUCUUGAUUCUUUGAAACGGCAUACGAAUACAAAUGCAGCAAAAGUUCAAGCUUCAAUUGAUUCUCUUUCUCAAACUUUAAUGGAAGAACACAUGAAAUUUGAAGAUGUUCGUUCUUCUCUGAAAGCCAAUAAUGCCACUCUCAUAGGUUCGGUUUCUUCCAAACAUGACUCUAUGCAUGCUGAGAUAGCUAAGGAGAGUGCACUGAAAGAAGAAAUUUCCAAACAAGCCUCUACCAUUGUCGUCCAGCAAGUCCAGCUUACAUGUAACACCCCCAUUUAA